AUGGCAGUAAAUCAUCAUACAUUGCAUUCCGAAGAAAUAUCCCAUAUGACAGUUAAUUCACAUUAUGAUGAUGAUGUAAAAUCGUUUUCCCCUUCGAUUACUAGUCGUUCAUCUAUAUCGACAACAAGAUCGGGUUCAACCACUACAGAAGUUGGUCCCGAACAAAUCGAUCAAAUACGUGAUGCUUUUGUUGUAUUUGAUAAAGAAAUGACAGGUUCAAUAACAACAGAACAAUUCAGUAAAGUGCUCGCAGAUCUUGGUUACAAUGUUCCUGAGAGUGAACUGACUACACUUAUUAAUCAGCUUGAUAUGGAUAAAUCAGGAACUAUCGAAUUUGAAGAGUAUCUCAGUUUUAUGUUAACAUUUAUUAAGAAAAAUAUUACAGCAGAAGAUAAUUUAAAAGAUGCAUUUAAUUUAUUCGAUCAAAAUAAUGAUGGCUAUAUAGAAACAAAAGAUUUACGAGAAAUAAUGACAAAUUUAGGUGAAAGAAUUACAGAUGAAGAUAUUGAUGAAAUGAUGCGCGAAGCUGAUAUAGGUAUAGAAUCAUUUUGUUCUUCUUUAAUACUAUGA